GAGCUCUGCAGCACAAGAAAAGCUUCUGGAUAUUUUUCUUUUUAGCAAAGCAACAGCACAGGACUGUGAUCUUGAAACUAUUUGAUUCAGUGAAGAUAAAUUACUUUAAGUAUAACCUAAUUAGAAGAUGCUUUAGCAUCAAAACUGAUGCACAAGAUGGACAGAGUAUACUUCAGACUUGAUGAAGGUGUCAGCAGGUCUAUUACCUGACAAGAGUGGUGCUUAAAUAUAUAAUGAUAACUAAAGCUGAUGGUUUACAGCACCUAUCCACUCCAUUUUCAUUAAUAAAGAUAAACACCUGUAUCUUUUAAGUAUUGAUAGUUAUUAGUGUUUCAUAAAUAAGACAUCUGGUAUCAUUGCUGUGGAAGAUAAGAUGGCCACAGAACAGUAUGUUGUGUAUAAAAAGACAAAAACGUCAGUAUUUGCUACCAUGAUAGGUGUUUAUGAGGCAAGUGUAUUUUUUGCAUUUGUUCAUAUCUUUUCAAUAAUUUGUUUAGUAUGCACUCGGAACGAAAGUGGUUUAUAGAAAGACUUAUUCCAUAUCUCAUUCUUAUACCAUCUGCCACCAGGAAAAGAUGAAACUCUGACAAUCUGUCCAAUCCCCUGUGUUGACCAUCUUUAAAAUGUAUUUUUAAUAGUUUAAUGGAUGAAAAAAAACAACAACACAAUAAAUCUGUUAUAAUUGCCUGAUACUAUAUAGGCUAAGUAUCAACAACCUAAAACUCUGUAACAGUAAAAUUAUUUAUUAAAAGUGAUUAUUACAAUUGUUUAUAGCCUAAAAUAAAUGAAUAAAGUGUUUCAGACCCCAUUACAUGAUACAAUUUCUUUUUUUUUUUUUUAAACAUACUGUAGCAUACAUGUUGUUAGCCACUAUUUUUGAGACUUCAGUACAAAAUUUAGACUAAGAUUUAUCUGGGAUAAUUUGUCAGCUAUUUUCAACUAAUAUUUUUCAUUUCUUAAAUAUAUAGUAUAGGUAGCUUUUUAAAAGGUUUCAAUCUUUAUUUUAGAAGAACAAUUUAAAGCCAGUUCAACUGAAACCUGCUCAUUUCCAGCAUACUCUAUUGGUGGCCAUUUUGUGUAAUUCUUUCUGUAGCUGCAGCCCUCACUCAUCUUUGCUGUUUGUCAGUCUGCCUGCUGCUCCCACACACUGAGAGGCUUAAUGAGCCAGCAGUCUCAUUUGACCUUUUGGCUUCAGUUUGACUGUGGACUGGCUACUGAAUUGUUGAGCAGGCUUCAAGCGAUAUGUCAGUUCUCCCAUUGUUACAACUCUUCUGUUAUUGAUUUUUAAGGAUACAAAAACCUAUUUAUGAACAUAACCAUAAUUCUUAAUAUUAGUAGUAGCUAUUAUUUCAAAAUACAUGUGGUCCCAAGCUAGGGCUGCAUGAUAUAAUAAAGAAAUCAUAUUGUGAUUGUUUUGGCAGAUAUUACGAUUCACAGUUAGUGGGAUGGAUCAUUUUUUUCUUUUCACUGGAAAAAACUACUAUUACAAUUCUGAUGUGAUGUUUGUUAGGGUUUGCACCAAACAAACAUUUGUUCUUACGUCUGGAGAACAAGAUUUAUACACUUUAUACCAUAUACUUUAAAAAAUGUUUUAUAUAUACAUAAUUCAUAGUCUUAUUCAGUCAGAUAUUACACCGCUGUGCAUUUUGGCUGAUUAAUUAAAAGAGGUACAGGUGUUUUAUUGUUAACACUAGUACAUGCUGUGUAUUUAGGGAUGUACACCACCAUAUAUGUAUGUCCUUUUAAGGACGCAAACAGCAUUUUCCUCUUUGAUUUGCAAGCCACCUGCCUCAGAUCUGUUCGUUGUGUCUGUCUGUGUGUGUUAUUUGUGUGUAACUAUCGCCCCCAUUUACCUCCUACUGACGACUUUGGAGAUGGUUGUCAUGGUGACACAUCAAAUGCUGCUGACGAACUGCCAAUGCUAGGGUCCCUACAGCAAAGUACACCAAGAUGGGGGAGACCCUGAGGCAUGUCAUCCCAGGUCACAUGCAGUGCUCCAUGGCCUGUGGAGGGAAAGCCUGUAAAUAUGAGAACCCCUCUCGCUGGAGUGAUGAGGAGCAAGCCAUCAAAGGUCUUUACUCGUCCUGGAUCACUGACAACUUGCUAGCUAUGGCAAGGCCUUCUUCUGAAAUAAUAGAGAAAUAUAAUAUAAUUGAACAAUUUCAAAGGUGUGGUUUAAAGACAGUCAUUAACCUGCAGCGGCCCGGAGAACAUGCCAGCUGUGGCAACCCACUGGAGCAGGAGAGCGGUUUCACUUAUCGACCUGAAACGUUCAUGGAGGCAGGAAUUUAUUACUACAACUUUGGGUGGAAGGAUUAUGGUGUGGCAUCUCUGACUACAAUCCUUGACAUGGUGAAAGUCAUGUCUUUUGCUGUCCAAGAGGGUAAACUGGCCGUCCACUGCCAUGCUGGUCUUGGAAGGACAGGUGUGUUGUUCGCUUGUUACUUGGUUUUCACGUCCCGGAUGAGCGCUGACCAAGCCAUCCUUUUUGUGCGAGCCAAGAGACCCAACUCCAUUCAGACCAGAGGCCAGCUGCUGUGUGUCAGGGAGUUUGCCCAGUUCCUGGUUCCUCUCCGAAGCGUCUUCUCCUGUGCAGAACCUAAAGCGAGUGCCGUCACCCUGUCGCAGUACCUUACCCGGCAGCGCCACCUGCUGCACGGCUACGAGGCACGACAGAUGAAGAACGUGCCAAAGAUCGUCCAGCUGGUGUGCAGGCUCCUUGUCGACAUUGCAGCCAACCGAGAGGUGGUGAUCGAGGAGGAGUGGCUGGAGAUCCCUGACCUCACAGCCGAGGUGGAGAAGACUGUGUCCCAGCAGGCCCUUCAGCAGCUCGGGAAGGAGAUGAGAGGGAAGGGGAUUCCUGUUCCACCUUGUUCAUCUCAUCAUCUCAGCCCACCUGCUCUGCAGUCCAGACCUCCUCGUGAUCAACCUCUUGCCAGUGAUAAUGAGCUGGACCCUCUUUGGAGGCAGCAGAAUGUAGAAAGUCCUCUGAGAUCCUCUUUGUCCAACAGCAGGAGCCUCAGUUACAGUGAUUCUGUCCUUCACAAACUUGGACCGCGCCAGCACCAUUUAGGAAAACUGAAGAGCAACAAACCAGGCAACUGCCUUGUCAAACAUUCCUUGUCUCACAGCAGCCUUAUAGCCUGUAACCCUCCCAGAUGUUGUGACCCCUCUCCUCAGGGCAUUAUCAGCAGAAUACAGGACCCCAUUACAGAAGCAAAGCAAGACACUGGAUCCCCUCUUUUAAAAAAGCAGCUACACAAAGGGCGUCAGAAUUUGUCUUUAGAUCUGUCCGAGCAGGGAAGAAAAUCCCACUGCAGCGUCUUAUCAACCAAGAGCAAACCUGUAGCCAGUGAGGAGCAGCUAGGUGGGGCAGGUGGAGCAGACAGAGAGAAUGAUGCAGAGGUUCCCUUCAUCCCCCUCACGCCUGAGCUCUCACCAGAGAGCAGAAGCCUACUGGUGGCCAAAGCUCUGGCCAGGGGCCUGACAGAUGAGGAUCUCACCUCCAAGGUCUCAAUCUGGCAGACAGAGCUGAACUCCAGAGAGGGAGCGUGGGAGAGGCUGUGCAUGGAGAGAGAUCCUCUGGUUCUGUCCUGUCUGAUGUGGUCGUGGCUGGAGCAGCUCAAGGAUCCAAUCAUCAGCAGUGAGGAUAUAAAAGCCCUCAGUGAGAAGAAUGUAAACCCACAGAACGCCCUCGACUCACUGGAAAAGGGCCAUAGACUCACUUUGCUGUGUAUCCUCGACUGUGCUGCUCAUCUCCUGCCGAUGCCUGAAGAAGAAGAGAAUAGAUUUCUCAAUCAAACAAUACACGCGUUCACUAAGAUUGACCCUGCCUCAGAGGAGAACCAGUCUUUGUACACGACACUGAAAGCAAUCCUGAGUCCCAUUCUUCACGAGCUGUUUGACAAAGCUGCAGAGAACAGUGAGGACUCCUGAUCCGCCCUCAACAGGACUCGCCUGAAAGAGGAAGACUCACAAACAGGGUUCCACUCUAAUGUUUGGGCAUUACUGUAUUUUAAGCCAGUUCCUUGCAUGCUGAGAUCUGCCAGUCUUCAGUCUUCAGGAUAUUUGAAGGUUUAGCAAUUCAUUUUCUUGGAAGCUCUUAAUAGACUCUAAGCACUGCCAUUCUGUAUGUUAAUGUGCCACUGUGCUCAGUUUGAAAGCAUUUGUUUGUCAUCUGUAUAUUCUACUGUAAUGUUUGUGAGGGACUAGAUGUUGUUUUUAUUAGCUAACUGUUAGUUAGUAGAAAAAUGACUGAGAAACAUUCUCAUGAUGUUAAAGUAAUGUUAUUUAAAUGUUAGUUCAGCUGUCAAAGCUGUUGGGGGGAGGGGGGGAGGGUCUUAUUUAAACCAAAAGAUGAAUUUACACUGUGCAAUGCUGCAAUGUGUCUUAUUUAUUAAGAUCUUAUUUGAAAUGCAACAAUUGGUUUAAUAACCUAAAGACAAGUUGCAAGGUUGCUUUGUUGAUAUAGAAUGUAAGGUGUUUUCUUAGAGUCAAAUGCAAACUGUGGCUAUUGUUAUGGCAAUGCAAAUUCGACAGGCCACAGUUCAUUUGCUUUUCCAAUCAAUUUUAUGUCCUUAACACCAAAAGCCUCAAUGUUCUGUUCUGUUCCUCCACCAUUGCAUUUAGCAAAAUGCUGUCUGCCUCAACUCAAACGGCCUCUGUCUGGACUGACCAUGCUGCUGUGUUAAACGUGUGUGUGUGUGUGUGUGUGUGUGUGUGUGUCAGGCUCACUUCAUAUGUCUCGUAUAUGGACCCAAUGUAAUGUAGAUGUGCUGACACACACUGAAUGUGGAACAUUGACGAUAAUAAUAAUAAUAAUAAUAUGAAGGACAUGAGACGUUGUACUGUGGGGAAUUUUCAACAAGCACUAUUUUUUCAUUGUUGCAACAGGCUUCUUACAGAAUUAAACUUACUGCAAGCUA